UUUAUUUGUCAAACUUUUCCCGAACUCUUUCAUUUUUCACUUUUUUCAUCGAAUAAUUUUUCCAUUUAAAUCUCAAGAAAAAUGAAUGACAAAAUAUUUUUAAUAAUUCAAUGUGCUAAUCAUUUGAUAUGUAUUUUUGUUUCACUUUAUGUAAUCAUACCGCUUGGUGCACAUUUGAAUGAUUUUCGUGGCCAUUGUGCUUUGUUUUCUUGUGGUCAUUACAUUGAAGAUGAUGGUCAUUUUGAACCAGAUUGGGCAAAUAAAUCCCCAUGCAUAAUUUCAAUUCUUAUCGGGUCGUUUACAUUUAUCUGUUCUUUUGUUCAGAUUUUUAUGAAACUUCGUUUAUUGUAUAAAAAUGAAGAAUGCACAUUUUUUCAUGCAUUUUUAUGCUUCUUUUUCGAUUGUGUUGUGGCAUUAUUCGUUUUAAUCGAUAGUAUUAUCACUACGAUUGGAUUCUAUAUUUGGUGUCAUUGUGUUACACAACGAUUUAGUUCUUGUAAUAUAGCAUCUUCUGUGAUGGAAAUCGGUGUAAACAGUACAAUUGUGGCUAAAAAUUUUUCUUAUCAAUUGGGUAUCGUACAGUUUGGUACUUGGGCACUAUUGGUUUGUGUAUGUCUUCAAUUAAUGUUAUCAAUGCGAAAAGUAUUCUUAUAUCAUGAACGACUUAAUCUGAUAGCCGGAAUGUCAAGCGAACGUCGUCGACAUAAUCAUCGCAGUGAAGGAUAUUCUAGUUUGAACGAACGAUAAGAUGUGAUUCUAUCGAUUUUCAUUGUUUUUUUCUUCUACUUUCAAUAAUUCAUAUUAAUCAUUUUAUAUAUUAUUUAUAAUUAUUAUUAUUAUAAAGAUUAAAUUAUUUUCGAU